UUUUACUUUCCUCUACAUUUUAGAGUAAAGUAAAAAAACAAAAGACAAGAGUAUAAAGAAAGAACUAUCUAUAGCCAUGUUAAAUAUACUAAAAAGCCGAUUUGCUGUUAAAAGGCUUUCAUCGGCAGCACUGAACCAUGCUGUGAAUUGUUACUCAACAAAUCAAAGUGGAGGGGCGCCAAUUGGGGUGCCCACAAAAAUGAUGGGUUCCGAAGCAUUUGUUGAAACGUUAGUGGCGCAGGGAGUCACUGAUGUUAUAGGAAUUGUAGGUUCUGCUUUUAUGGAUGCCCUGGAUCUCUUUCCUGAAGCUGGAAUAAGAUUUGUGUCAGUUCAACAUGAACAAAAUGCUGGUCAUAUGGCAGAUGGGUAUUCCCGUGCAUCCGGUAGACAUGGAGUGUGUAUUGCUCAAAAUGGGCCAGGUAUAACAAAUUUUGUAACAUCAGUUGCUGCUGCUUAUUGGGCUCACUCUCCAGUUGUUGCCAUCACGCCUGAAGCAGCAACAUUAACUAAGGGACUUGGUGGUUUUCAAGAAGCUGAUCAGUUACCUAUCUUUGAAACCAUAACAAAGUAUCAAGGUCAUGUGAAUAACCCUAACCGAAUUGCUGAAAUUACUGCAAGAGCCUUUGAUAUUGCAAUGAAUGAAAGAGGACCAACACAGCUGAAUAUACCAAGAGAUUUUUUCUAUCAUGAAGGGGAGUAUACCAUACCAAAACCAAGCAGCAUAGAAAAGUCAGCUGGUGGCCCAUCAUCUCUAGAACGUGCUACUGAGCUGAUUAGGUCUGCAAAAAAUCCUGUCAUACUAGCUGGUGGUGGUGUGGUUAUUGGUAAUGCCACAAAAAAUGUUCAGGAACUGGCGGAAUAUUUGCAAGCUCCAGUUUGUACUACUUAUCUUCACAAUGACGCUUUCCCGGCUUCACACUCUCUUUGGUGUGGACCAUUAGGAUACUUGGGACAUCAAACUGCAAUGAAGACAAUUAAUGAAGCUGACUUAGUACUUGCUGUUGGAACCAGAUUGAGUCCAUUUGGUACACUUCCGCAAUAUCAAUUUGAUUAUUGGCCAAAAAAUGCAAAAAUCAUACAGAUUGAAGUCGAUCCUCGAAGAAUAGGACUGGUGAAGCCAGUGGAUGUUGGAAUCAAUGGCGACUGUAAAUUAGCAUCGAAGGAACUGUUGCAGCGUUUAAAAGCAACAGGUGAUGCCAGUGCUUUAAAAAAUGCUGAUGAAAGAAUGAAAAAACUAAAGACUAUUCGAGAGGAAUGGGAGGGAAAGUUAAAUGAAAUGACAAACGACCAAACGAAUGCCAGAGAAGGUAAAAUCAAUCCGAGGAUGGCUUUGCGAGAACUAGAAAAGGCGAUGCCAUCCAAUGCCAUGGUAUCAACUGACAUUGGAAACGUUUGCUCUGUUGCAAAUGGAUAUCUCCGCUUUGAAAAAUCUCCAAGUUUCUUUGCCGCUAUGACGUUUGGAAAUUGUCAGUAUUCGUUCCCAGCUGCCAUGGGGGCCAAGUUAGGUGCACCGGACAGACCGGCUAUCGCGUAUGUUGGUGAUGGUGCAUGGGGUAUGAGUUUUAAUGAACUACUCACUUGCAUUCGAGAAAAAAUACCGACGAUAGCGGUUGUAUUUCACAAUUGUCAAUGGGGAGCCGAGAAAAAAAAUCAGGUCCUUUGGUUUGGCGAUCGUUAUGUUGGUGUAAAUCUUGAAAAUCCCUGGUCAUAUGCAGAGAUAGCUCGUAGUAUGAGUGCUGAAGGAAUUACGUGUGACCAUGCAGAUCAAGUUGGCGAUGCUUUGAAGCAGGCAGUAAAAAACCAAGAGGAAGGGAAAACAACGGUGAUAGAGCUAAUGUUGACACGUGAGUUGGGAGAUCCAUUCAGAAGAGACGCUAUGAAACUACCGAAACGUCAUUUACCGAAAUAUCAAGGCACCAUCCAAUCUGCUGAGUCAGCUACUGGACAGCCAAUCGAUGGCUAAAUUGUCCUAGAACUAGCUUUAAAUAAAAUAUGAAAUUCUUUUAAUUUUCUCUUAAAUGCACAUAGUUAAAAAUAUUCUUUUUCUUUUUAAGUAUACUUUUAGUUCACAAAAUGUCGGAUCUUGCUCUUCUGACAAGACUUUCAAAUCACACUUUAAAAUAGCUUGUAAUAGAAAUGUAAAUAGAUUUAUAAGAAAAUAAUUUUAUAUUUGA